CAUUAGUGCUAUUGUGGUAAUCACCCAUCAAAAAAACCUUAUUUUCAAACAGGAUGGCAUCUCCAGUCGUAGCGGGCUUGGACGAAGAAAUAGCACAAAUGGAAGCAUCUCAGCAAAGAACAAACGGAGACAACAGUGCUGCGUCAACCUCUUCGGCUCAGGCAGGCCCAUCCUGGUCAGCAAACAAUCAAAACGAUUGGGUUAAACAUGAAAGUUUUGUACACAAAUUAGAAUCCCUACUUCAAGAUGAUGACGAAAGGGAAGACGGUCAAGGAAAAGAAGAGGUUGAUGGCAUACUACAUGCAACAUCAUCAGGAGAAGAGGAAGGUGAGGAUGAUGAGGAAAUGGCAAGGGUAGGAACGGAUGAUGCCCACCAAAAAGCGCUAAGAAGGAGGAGGAAACUACUGAAGCUCAAGCAAAGAUAUGCCCGUCGGAAAUCUCUACCGCCCUCUUCAUCCUCUUCGCUACCAAUGCACGAUGAAGAACAAGAACAAUUGAAUGAAGCAGAUGAAGUUUUAACAACCGCUGCUGCUCUUGAAUGGGCAGCCAGCAACGCUUCACCAACUUUACCAGACGCAGACGAUCAGAAAGGAUCGACGAGUAGAAGCACUUCACCUUCAGCGCCACCUUCUACAACGACAAGCGCAGAAGCAGGAACAGAGGAGGAUGAAGACUUUUACGACGCACAAGCAGGGCCAUCCACAUCGCCCAGCCUGCACAUUCACUCGCAUGUGCGAAAGAUGAAUCUUGAGGAUGACGAUGCUGAUCAUCAACAAAACGAGAUGAGCUGGUUGCAAAUGUCACCUAGACCAAAUGCUACGGCAUCAUCUGCUACGCUUCGUCAAGAUGCGAUGGAAGGAGCGAUUGGAUCACAGGAUGGUAGCGAUAAUCAAUUGCACCAUCAAGCAUCAACAGCUACUUUGCUGGGAAUUGCAGAAGAUGGAGAUUCAGUAAAUGCACCAACUGGUGAAUCUAGCAGACGCAGCAGUCUAGCGAAACAUGAUCCAUACUCACGAAGAAGGAGUUCCGUUUUGCCUCCGGCUGCUCCACACCCCACAGCACCAUUGCCCUCAACCCCGUCAUCCUCAUCAAAUCCGAUCUCACCUGUCACGUUGGGACCCAAUGGAACAAUACGAGGUGGUCGUCCACGUGGUGCAACGGUUGGAGCUGUUCCGGGUGCACAUGGUAAUGUUCGACCUCGAGUUCGACCACGUUCUUUGUUGAGCAAUGAAUUACUGCUUGCUGGAAAUGAUAUUUCGAUUUCUUCCGUUUCGCCAAAAUUUAACCUUUCUUCUUCAACUUCGAGUGAAAGCAGUGCGAUGCGCACAUCUUCAAUUCUGCCUUCUUUGCCAACCGAAGAAGGUUUGCAUUCUGCCACGUUGACAAGCACACCUUCUAGUAGUGCUGCAAGUAUAGGAUCAUCCUCUGCAAUCGGAGAUGCAGGUGGAAGUAAAACUUCAUUACCGGCAGUAGAAUCGCGAAGUAGGAGUGGCAGUGGAACGGGGCUUUUGCAACAUAUCCAAUCAAGACCACGUUCACAGGCAAACUUUGUGAUUGCCGUUGUGGGACAUAAAGGUUCGGGAAAGUCAACAGUGAUAAGAAAAGGUUUACGGCAAUUCGGACUUUCUAAGCCGACUGUUGUUUCGGAUCGAAUCACUUCGCAUUCUACGAUUUGCAUUGUUGAUCAAAAAGAACGAACGAUUGAAGUUUUGGAAAUGGAUGCUUCGGUUUUGCUCAACGGUCCAUCGAAACGGUUUGCUUGGCCACGAUCUCUGCCUUACAUUGAUGCAGCUAUUCUGUGUUACGAUGCAUCCCAAAUUUCCUCCUUCCGAGGCAUGUCGGAACUUUUGGAAAACUUUGCCAUGAACCAAUUGAGUACGGUCAUGCUUGCAUGCAAAUCGGAAAUCAGCCCAAAAGCCGUUGAUCCAUACUAUGCAAGUGAUAUGGCAUCUGUCUACAAUGUUGGAUUGGCAGAAUGCAGUGUACAGAGUGAAGAAGGCAAGAAACGGAUGAGAGAUUGUUUUAGCUAUUUGGUCAAAGAAGUUGCAAAAGGACGUGCAACGAUGCGAAUGAGCGAAACAGGAUCGAUAUCUGCUCCAGCAACAAGGACAGCUACUUCACCUCUUGCAGCACAGUCUAUGUCUAUGAGCGGAAGUAAAGAUUCGGGCUCAAUGAGUAUGGUCUCACCUGAUGCCGUUCUUCAACCUAGCAGUGAUUCCGGUCAUACCGGUAGCCGUAGCCCUUCUUCCUCCACUGCCGCUCCUUCUAUCAAUAUGCGGGAUCGUCAAUCAAUAAUGUCACGCAAGAGAUUCGAUCGAAAGAUGAGCGAUGUCACCAUAGGCAGCAUUGAAGCCGGCAGUGAAGAAGAUGGCGGUGCAUUUCAACAAAGCAUUGACCGCGCUCAAUUGGGACUUCAAAGUGCAAAGAGCGUUGGGGGAUAUGUCAGCAUUGAAGAAUUGUGGGAUAAAUUGUUCUUUUCUGCCGUUUCAGGAAAUGAUGAACGAUUCUUACACAUGUUUAUGACAUUCUUCCGAGGAUUUGCAAGGCCUAUCGAUCUUUUAAAUCAAAUUGUCGUUCGAUUUGACGCUUUGGCCAGAGGUGAAAAGUCGGACGGGGUAAUGAUUCGCUAUUCGUUGAUGAAAUUGACGACGAUGUUGGGUGAUUGGAUGCAAGAAUACCCUGGCGAUUUGUCUGACCCAGAAACGUUUUCCAUUUUGGUGGACUUCUAUGAUCGCUUGCUGGUACAUCCUGCAACAACGCACAUUGCUGCACCUAUGCAACCCUUGUUGGACGUUGUACGAUCUGCCCCAGACUUGGACGCAAUUUGGAGCAAGGAUCAAGAUAAUGAUAAACCCAGAUCAGUCGCAGCAGAUGUUCCUCCCGUAAAACCUUAUGAUACCCGCACACGGGCACCUUCGACAUCUUCAAACUCCGCUGCAGCAGUAGCCAUCUCCAGAUUGCAAGAGGUUGGCAGAGGGGCAAGUGAAACGCAUACGACAGCCAAUUCUGAUAUCACCACCGCGGCUUCAUCCGUUGCAAGUCAUGGUCAAAGCGAAAGCUUGAAAGGGAACAGAAGAAGAAGCACAUCUGAUGUUACAACCAUUUCCAGUGAAGGUCACAAGAGCGCAAACAGUUCAGCUGCCAUGUCGAAUUCAACAGGUGCUGGAGGUAUGAGCGGUAAUGGAUCUUCACAAUAUUUGGGCAACUCAGGCCAAUUGCCUCCGAUUGGCGCACCAAAAGGGCCAGUCUCGGUUCAAAUGCAAAAAGCGAUCUUACGCAAUACUUCAAAUAUGCUCUUUGAGAUUCGUGAUGAGGAUAUUGCACAUGAAUUGACAAGAAUUGAGUGGGACCUAUUCUGCACGAUCGGACCACGCGAUCUUUUGCGUCAUAUCUUGGUUUCAAGGUCAUUGCGUGCUCCAAAUUCGUCGGUUGCUCAAAGUAUUGCUCACUUUAACUACAUUUCUGCUUGGGUCUGUUCUUUGGUUUUGGUACAAUCCAAAGCCAAGCAAAGAGCAAAAAUGUUGGAGAAAUUUAUGGAAGUGGCAACGAUCUUGAGAAGGACAAAUAAUUACAAUACCUUGCAUGCCAUCUUGGCUGGACUGGGAAAUGCGUCUAUUCAUCGAUUGAAGAACACACGUGAGCUAUUGAACGGAAAGAAGGUGAUGAAGCAAUAUCAAAGCUUGACGAGACUGAUGGGAAGUGAACGUAGUUUUGCUGCUUAUCGACUUGCGCUAGAAAAUUCGGAAGGAAGAACGAUACCUUAUUUGGGUGUACACUUGCAGGAUAUCUUGAGCACUUCAGAUGGAAAUCCGUCAAAACGUGCAAGUGAUGGAAUGAUUCAUUGGCGAAAGUUCAAUUUGAUGUACGAUGCUGUGAUGGCAAUCGUUCGUUGUCAACAAUAUCAAAUGUCUUUACGGGAGAAUACGACUUUGGCACAAAUGAUUGUCGAUUUGCCCGUUUGGGAUGAAGAGGCACAGUACCAACGUUCUCUUCAGGUUGAACAAAGACAAUCGUCUGCCGUUUCAGGAUCGACUGGAUCAAGGAUUAUCAAACAAUUGCUUAAAACGAACACCUGAUCUACUUUCCGCAUAGGAAGGACUUUUUAUUUUUCAUUCAUUUUUCCAAUCUUACUUUGACAAUUUUUUUUUCCGCAAACUAAUACCCAAUUUGUCAUACCCUUUCUUUUACUC